UGUCGACGCUGUCCCGUCAGCAGUUCACACCCAACGUCGCUGCAGAGCGUGGGUCCUUCGUGUGGCCCACCAUGAUGUCUAGGGCUGAAGACCUACACCAUGAUACUUAGGGCUAAAGACCUACACUGAACCUUCUUAGGAGCAUCUAAGAACAUCCAAGACCGGAAGUGGAGGACAUCACGCAAGCGGGCGUCCAUUGGAGACACUCCAAGAGAGUCGGGGGGUCUCUCCGAGAUCAUUUACCGCCAACAUGUCAUCCUCGGGCAAGGAGGCCAACUACGUGGGACCUUACCGCUUGGAGAAGACGCUGGGAAAAGGACAGACAGGUCUUGUCAAGUUGGGCGUCCACUGUGUCACAUACCAGAAGGUUGCUGUCAAGAUAGUCAACAGAGAAAAGCUCAGUGAAUCUGUUCUUAUGAAGGUGGAACGAGAGAUUGCCAUUUUGAAGCUCAUAGAGCAUCCUCAUGUUUUAAAGCUGCACGACGUCUACGAAAACAAGAAAUACCUGUACCUGGUGCUAGAACAUGUCUCUGGUGGGGAACUUUUUGACUACCUAGUGAAGAAGGGUCGACUAACGCCAAAAGAAGCACGGAAAUUCUUCCGACAGAUCAUCUCAGCCCUGGACUUCUGCCACAGCCACUCGAUAUGCCACCGAGACUUGAAGCCAGAGAAUUUGCUGUUAGAUGAGAAGAACAAUAUCAGGAUAGCAGACUUUGGCAUGGCGUCUCUGCAGGUCGGGGAAAGUCUGCUGGAGACCAGCUGUGGAUCGCCGCACUACGCCUGCCCAGAGGUGAUCAGGGGGGAGAAGUAUGAUGGCCGCAAAGCAGAUGCAUGGAGCUGUGGAGUCAUCCUCUUCGCACUUUUAGUGGGCGCAUUACCUUUUGAUGACGACAAUCUGCGAAAUCUUCUGGAGAAGGUGAAGCUAGGAGUGUUCCAUAUGCCUCACUUCAUCCCUCCAGACUGCCAGAACCUUCUUCGUGGCAUGAUUGAAGUGGACGCAUCCAAGAGACUGACGUUAGAGGAUAUCCAGCAGCAUACAUGGUAUCUAGCGGGAAAGAAUGAACCUGAGCCUGAACAGCCCGUCCCCAGGAAAGUGUCUAUCAGAAUGCUGGCGACAGCAGAAGAGAUCGAUCCUGAUGUGCUCGAGAGCAUGCACUCUCUCGGCUGUUUCAGGGAUAAGGAUAAACUGACCAAAGACCUGCUGUCUGAAGAGGACAAUCAGGAAAAGAUGAUCUACUUCCUUCUACUCGAUCGCAAGGAAAGAUAUCCAAGCCAUGAGGACCAGAAUCUCCCACCGCGCAAUGAGAUUGACCCUCCCAGGAAGCGAGUGGACUCGCCCAUGCUGAGUCGUCACGGGAAGCGAAGACCAGAGAGGAAGUCGAUGGAGGUUUUAAGUGUCACAGAAGGAGGAUCACCUGUACCGGUACGACGAGCCAUGGACAUGGCAACUCACGGUCAGAGGUCACGGUCCAUCAGUGGGGCGUCCUCUGGUCUUUCCAUCAGUCCUCUCAGUAGUCCCAGGCCAAACCGGCGGUUUUUCAUCCCACCCCAAUCCCCAGACCUGUGUCAGUCCCCCAAUUGCAGCCCCACACACUCCCUUGAGAUUCGUCUUAACGGGUUGGGUCCUCGCACCCCCAACUCCUUCCAUCCAAAAAUGGGGUCCCCGCUCAUGCACCCUCGCACUCAGACCCUCCCUGCCAAAUCCAAAGUGUCCGAGAAACCACUGCAGACCACCAGGUCCAACCCGCUCCCCAGCCCAGCCCAGACUCCUUUUAAGUCUGAACCUUCUACACCCAACCAGCCUCUAAAGCCCUGUAUCCCCAACAGUCCCUGUGUGAGGCGCCACUCUCCCCUUACUGUGGCCCCUAAGAUCUCCAUUCUUCUGUCCCCUGUGCCUCCCAUGUCCCCCAUGCGCCGCCACCACCUCCACCCUGACCACAAUGGCAAAUCUUUCCCCAAUACGCAGGUGACCCCCCAUCCUUCCCCCAGAGGGAGUCCUCUUCCCACCCCUAAAGGUACCCCGGUUCACACACCAAAGGACAGCCCGACUGGAACACCCAGUCCAACGCCACCCCCCAGCCCAUCCAUCGGGGGAUUGCCUUGGAGGACUCGCCUCAACUCCAUCAAAAACAGCUUCCUAGGCUCGCCUCGGUUCCAUCGUCGGAAAAUGCAAGUUCCCACACAAGAGGACCUGUCCAGUCUAACCCCUGACUCUUCUCCCGAACUUGCAAAAAAAUCCUGGUUUGGUAACUUCAUUAACCUGGAAAAAGAGGAACAGAUAUUCAUCGUGAUCAAGGACAAACCUCUCAGCUCCAUAAAAGCAGACAUUGUCCACGCUUUCCUCUCUAUACCGAGUCUGAGCCACAGUGUCAUAUCCCAGACCAGUUUUCGGGCCGAGUACAAGUCAGCAGCUGGUCCAACUGUUUUUCAAAAGCCUGUCAAGUUCCAGGUAGACAUCACCUACUCGGAGAGCACUAGCGCCACCAAGGAGAACGGAAUCUACUCGGUCACAUUCACACUGCUCUCAGGUCCAAGCCGACGUUUCAAGCGUGUGGUGGAGAUCAUUCAGACCCAGCUGCUGAGUUCCAAUGAGCAGUCUGGCAUCCAGCCCCAGAUCUCUGGCAGCCCGUUGAGUAACUUCUUUGACGUAAUUAAACAGCUUUUUUCAGACGACAAGAACGCCCAAUCCGCCCACUCGCCCACCGCUCCCAGCUCCCCCGCCAAGCAUGCCUCCCCGGCUGCCAAGCCCGGCCAGCCACCCGCCAAUGACUCCAAAUGUCCCGCCCCCGGCAAGGACAAAUCAAAGAUGGCUGCCAACAACAGGACACAGGAGCAUCCUUAAGGAGCGCUAGCCGUGCAUGUCUAGAUGAGAAAGAUGCAAAACUAGACAAAGAAAAGCUGCUUAUACUGUCACAAAUCCACUUUUUUACUCACAAUGUAGCGUUGUUGGUCCCGCCUCUUCUGUCCCAGGGUUGGGUGGAAGGGGUGUCCUCUCCUUUCUUGUGUUUGAUAGCUUGACUUGUCUCUGCCACCAGGAAUCAUCCACAAAAACUCUUAAACUACAGCGGCCGGCCUGCUCGUCACCUUCAGAAAAAGACCCAACGUCCCGCCCCCGUCCUCGUUACUCCGUCCACCUGACUAAACUCUUCUUGGAAGACAAAGAAGCCUUAAGACAGUAAAGUUUGUCACAUCUUUUUGCUUGACUUCAAACACAUGCCUCUGGUGGACACGACUCGGUGGAGGAAGCGGAGACAGAAAGUACUUCUUCUCUGGGUUUUACAGAAGCGAAUAAUCUCUUUUGUUUUACAGACUAAAUAUUGUUUCCCCCAUAUUUUGUUCUCUCCCGUACACAUCAGAAACACACCAAAAAAAGUAACUAAUGUAAUCCUUUAUUUGGUGAUUUCUAUGCAAUAAUUCCAAGCAAAGUUGUCCAGAACAUGUACAAGACACUUGGGAGUCAAAUACUCUACAAAAUUUGACUACUGAGAAAAAACCUACAAACCAAGAGCAAAGUGAUCAAAUUAUAAUAAGAACUAAAAGUAUCCAAAAGAGAAAUUUCUUGAGCUCUAAGCCAAAAAAAAAAGAUGGGAAAGGAAGCAACGAGGCAGUUUAGGAAGACGCCAAAUAGACGGGAAAAAGUGACAACACUCCCGUCCAAAGGCAAAACCCAGUAACUCAAUUUUGGUCAAAACCGAGCUGAUAAUAAUUUUGGAGUUCCUAGGUGAUAUGCUUUACAUUAGUGUAUGCGAUAUUGUAAUUUGUUCCGUAAGUAAGCUGUUACACGCAUGGCAGGACCUAGCAACUACCACAUAACUGCGUAGAUACAACAGAAAAACCUAGUAUCUCAAGGGACCAAUCGGAGCUUCUUUGUCAGUCGGCUUAUUGUCUUUAAUGAGACAUUUGCACAAAUGGGGGCCGACGGUCAACCUGAUUAUGUGAUAUUAUGGCACGAGGGGAUAUUUGGAAGAUUGGCCCAGGACGUUGCAAGCACCUUCAUUAAAUGUAUUGUUCUUGAUUCUUCCCCUUGCAUACUCUUUUGGGCAGAUGACUGUGGAGGUCAAAAUAAAAACUGGACGCUGCUUUUGCCCAAUGUGCAAACGCAGAAUGGGGCCCACCCAAGAUUGUGAUAAAAUAUCUGGAGAAAGGGCACAUGUUCAUGAGAGCAGAUUCAAUCCAUGGCUCAAUCGGCAAGAAAAUGAAAGCUCAAGAAAACAUCUAUACGUUUGAUGACUUUGUAGAUCUUUGUAAGACAGCAUCAAGAUAGAUUGGUUUUCCUUUGUUUUCUCAAAAGCAGCUAGAAGUGAGUUACUAGGUUUUGCCUUUGGACGGGAGAACACCUCGUACAAGAGGGUUUAGAUCAGUAGGAAAUUGGAAAUUGACUUUCACUUUGACAGUUAUCGUGUUUACCAAUUCAUGACGCAACAUCAGGAGCAGUUUUCAGUACUUUGCAUUUUAGCCACGAGUACUUUUACUGAGAAUCAAAUUCACAACCAUCAGCUUGGGAAAGGAUGACUUUACCACCUGAGCUCCACUGUACUUGAACCUUGAAAUCCAUUCCUGUCAUUGAGAGUGGAAUUACAACAUUUACUUUUAGUUGCUUGUCAGCUGCCAUUGUAGCUUGUAUUCCGGCUCAUUAAAUGUGUCAGACUCCAAGUGGAAAAAAAUCGCGAAAGGGACUGAAGUUUCUUCAGAGUUCUUCAUAAGGCUUAAUCAAGAAGGUGUAAAGAGUACAACAUUUUACAAAGCGAUGAUGAGAAAAGAGGCUCUCGUAUAUAAAGCUCCAGUCCAAGGCAGUGGAGUCGAAGAAGUUUGCCUCGAGCUAUUCUUAGAGGUAUGUUUGAUGUAAUUUUUACAUUUAGUAUUUCCCAUUGAAAUAUUAUUUUAAUAUUAUUUUAAUUGUAUCUUUGUUUCGGAGUUCGUAAAUUGCGUUCUUGCUACGUGUAUCGUAAAGCAACAACUGCCCGAGUCUAAAUAGAUAUAAAAGAAAGAAAUUGAGAGCAAAAGCUAAAACAGUUAAGCGUUUACCAAAGGCAGCAAUUAUAAAUGAAGCUUUCAGCCUAUUUUGAUAUAGAAAACCAGGCGUUCUCGUAAAGAGGCGUGCAACAACAAAGCAACAUGGCCGAAACUUCCCUGGCCAUGCAGUUACAGUGAGCUGUGAUCAGUGAUGUCUCUGAAUAUCGUUCAGUGUUAACAUAAUGGGAAAAUGAAAAACUGAAUCUAUUGAAUGCUCCUCGCAGUUUUCUUCACAAGGACGCGUCCUCGCAAGACUCAAAGUUAAAUCGUGAAAUGCAACCUUACUCAAUCAAAGACAACGUACGAUUAUCUGGGAGGGUUUUGAUACAAAUUCCAUUUUUUUUUUUUCAGUUGUAAGAUCUCUUUGUGUGCUGGGAUCAUUUGUGCGCCGCUUACUGGACAGUAGUCAUGUUGGCUUGGUGAACCACCACUUUGUUGACUUCUGUUUAUAAGUCACAUGACUAGGUUGGAAACGCUUCAGUGAUUACCUCUCAAAACACCAUCAUUGAUGUCACCACAUGACCAUUGCUGGAGAAAUACUAUACAGAAACACAUUCACGCCCUACUGGCAUUGAAUCACAUCAACGGUGUACAAAAUGGGUUACUUUCUAGCACAUUUAAAAAUCAAUUAAAACACAUCAACAAUUAAAACAUAUCUUAUGUGGUACUGUCAAAAUUACCAUUGCAAAAAACAUAUUAAACGUGAAAAAAUAAAGAAAUAAACUAUUUGAACUCACGAUUUGUAGCACCCAUUUGACGCCGCAUAAAACAGUGGUACCGCUUGUAGUCGGUCUAUUCCAUUGGAAAUGGCGAGCAUUUCCCUAUUUAAUCGCCGGGACAGCUGAGCUAGCUUCCGGGGUUGGCCGACAUGGUCUCACAAGAUGUAGUUUCUCUUCAAAUAUCCUUCUUGAAAAUGGCUUUUCAUUUUGGAAUGACAAGUGAAUAUCCAAUCACAGUCUCGUUACAUCAGACUACUUGGAUAGGCUACUGUCAACAACUUGUGAUCUGAUUGGCUAUCACAACUGUCUCUCAACUCUGUGUUCUCACAUUUACCCGCUUAUGGUCCCAGUGUGUAUCCAAUCACAGGACACGUAAAUGUCACGUUCAACGUGAGGCCAUCUAAAAGGCCUUAUUGACAACAACUCGUGAUCUGAUUGGCUUUCACAAUCAUCUAUUAACUGUAUGUGCCCGGUCACUUACAGUGCACAGACGCCAGCAUUGUUGAUUCUGAAGGCUCUAGGCAGAUGGGGUACAGCAUGGCAACAUAAGCUAGCCGAAUUGUGAUUGGAUAAAAACUCUAAACUAAAAACAACAACUCUGGAAGGAGCAUAAUAUGACAUGAAGAGAAUAUGAAUACUUUUAGAUAUUUAGGGAAAGUAAAUAUAUAUAUAUUUUUUUAUCUUGAAUUAUGAUCAUGAUUUGUGGUUCUGUUAGGCCAGCAGAGAAGGCCUUGCUGGCCCUGACGCCACACCACUGAUGAAUACCAGCUGUACGCAGCAUGGAAGCUGGUAGCAAACAAUGUAGUCGUGGCACAAGCAGGAGAACACAGGUCUACACUUUGAAGAAGUAGAAAAUCUGUCGGAGAGCACAAAACUUCACUAGAUAUUUUUCACGUAAAGUACAAAAUACUUGGAAAAAAAUCCUGAAUCCAUGUGGAUCGCUCCAAAAAUCACUUCUGCUUAAUCCCAUUCUUUACACGUCCUGAAGGUUAACAUAAUCUUUUGAGCUAUGUUGCUAACUAACAGACAGUUAAAGAAACCUCAACAAACACAUAAACACCUCGUGGAAGUCAUUCAACAAAGAAUAAAUGAAAUGUUUGAUUUGUUUGGCUGUCACUUCAAAACAGGUUGCAAGCAGGUUCACUUUUGCCUCAAUCUAGAGCACAAUGCUUAGGCAGCGUCUUGUCAGUCAUCAACUGUCAUUGUCUCUGCGGGUGGAGGCGGGGUUUCUGGCAUGCACACAGAGAAGUACGACCUCGUGAAGUAAAAGUAAGCUAAUGUCGUACUAAUGAUCAGAACCGUAUUAUUUGUUCCGUAUCGUUUCCUGAAAAUGUCUAUGCUAACUAACUUGAAAACGAGAUGAUGCAUCUUCAGGUGCUAUCCCAAAUAAAUUGAAUUUAACUAAAUGACUGUGGCGAGAACAUACUGUAACCUCCUGGUAGAAAUAAUAAUCUGGCGUCUUCCUGGUGUGGACACAGGAUUUAAGAAAAGGGACAAGCAUUAGAAAAUGGAUGGAUGGAUGGAUAAUUGUUGCCUCGCUGCUCCGCCCCGUCCACCAGACUGAACCGCCUGAAACAGAGAACAGGAAACGGCAGACGGAAAACUGAACAAAGUUGCCGAGCGUAAGAGUCCGAUCUUAGUGUAUUUGUUGAAUAAAUGAAGGUGAUACUUGUGUUAGUCCCUCCAGGAUUUCGCUGGUUUUCUCGGAAAGUGGCGGCAAAAGUUGCUUAUUUUUUUACAAUAAUAUUGAAUCAACUCGUGAUUAUAUGAAUGUGCUAUUAAUAUUUGACAUAUUCCUUGUAACCCUAACCUCAAAAAGCACACAAUUUCAACACAAAUUGGAAACCAUGCAUCGUGUUGUUUUACACCACACAGACCACUAGAUGGCAGUAAAAGCAGAUACUCAGAGUUGAUAGUCAAAUGACUGUCCUGUCUUAAUUAUUUAUGACUAAUUAUUAUUGUUCGUUCUCUGCUCUGUCGUCCAUAAGUUGCAGACAUUCUCCGUGUUUAUUUUACGCUUGAAAAGUAUUAGUCCAUCUUAAACUUUCUUUUUGGUUCCAACACACUUACCCCAACACCUUGUUAAGAGCAUUUAUCAACCAUUGACAGCGAUCUAUAGUGAUCGUUUUAGUUUGUAAAUGACACACGAUGAGAGAUUAUUAUCACACUUCAACAUCUCGAACAUGUAAAUGCAGCAUUGCAAAUGAGAAUCUGUUCUCAACUGCCUUACCCUGAAAAAAACAAAGGUUAAAUAUAUUAAAAAAAAAAAAAAAAGGAAGUGAGGACACCUGUGUGUUGCUAAACAGUUAUAGACUACAUCGCCCAGAAACCUUUGGGCUUUAGACAGGAACAGGAAGUAGGUUUGAGCUGUGUGGGAGGAUGGCAAUUGUUUCAUUGGAGCAAUAAAAAGUUGUUCAAUGUUGCUGUUCCUACUUCGUCUACACAAGAAACAAACACGUUUGAUUUGAUAUUGACGUGCGUGUUUGAGCGCCGCUCACAGACAAAUUUUAAUGAGAAAACUGACGCUGAUUGGGCAAAGCUAUUGGGCCGCACAUAAUUCGUGGGAGAUUGGUUGAAUUUGCUUAAAUUGGCGGCAUAGCAAAUACCCGGAGGGACUACUUUAUGUAUUUCUUGAAUAAGUUAAAGUGACAUUUUAUGCAAUUUAAAGCACACCUGAACAGAUGAGAUUUUUUCUAUUUGUAGAGUUUUUAGGCUUGUUAAAGAUUCAUACAGUCUGCAAACAUGACUCAUAGCAGACGGAUUAAUUAUUCAUAUUUACAUUAUUUUAUGUGUUUUACAAGCACUUCCUGUGAAUGAGUGAUAGAAUCCAAUGCAUCUCCUGGUGUGAGUUUUAAUAGCAUCAUUUAUUUAUUUUAUUUAAUUGUCCCCUCUACAGUAUUUAUCUGUUUGUACUUGAUUGUAUUUUGCUUUUAAUUUAUUCUGACUUAUUUAUAAGAAAAAUGUAGAAAGUGUUUUUUUUUUUUGGUGUGUAGUUAUUGAGAGAUGUGUUAAGUUAUUUGCAGGAAUGAAUUGUGUUAAAGACACACUGUAAUAAAUAUUAGGGGAAUGAUUUACCGUCAUUCAAGAAUGUAGACGUAGCCUCGUUAAGAGAAACAAAACUUUCGUUGCUCAUUGUCAGCAUCUUUGACCCAUCCUGUAAAUAUGACAUGACCUUUGACCCCCAUGGAUUGUUAGCAUGUUUACCAUUUGUCUUUCUUUGCAUGUACAGUAGUUCUCUAAAUUGUUCUCCUCCUCUAACUUUUUUACAUGGUUUAUGUCUAUUUUUUGAAGCCUUUUUUUUUUGCUGACUGUGCAUUCCAUGACCAUGCUUUCCGUCCUGCCUACAUAUCUCUGCACCCUGUAGGAUCUCGCUGGCGACCGGAUCCUACCUCAGCUAAUCAGAGGAAAUAAAAGCAAUAUCUUUCUUUUUCUACAUUGGGAAUGAGGAGCACACUGAACGAACUCUAAUGGACUGGAAAUGUAUUCUAUUGUAUUGUUACUGUGAACAAGUAGAAGGGGAAAUAAAUAAAUCUGUUGACUUUGGAGCCGUGUGCACUUUUAUCACACUAAUAGCUCUUAUUUACGAAAGCAUUUAGAUGGCAUUUUACAAAAUAAUAUCAAUGAAAAUACAUUAAAAUAAAGAGAAUAUGAUUUGUGUGCUAGGGCUAUGAGGUUUUUCUUCCUUUGGCCUCAGUCUGGACCCCCUCUCUAGGGGCCCAGGUUUAGACUUUUUUUUUUUCUCCAUAUUAAAAGAGUGCGGGUACUAGACUGGCCUGCCUGUUGUCCAGACCUGUCUCCAAUUCAAAAUGUGUGGCGCCUAAAAUACCACAACGAAGACCCUGGAGUGUUGAACAACUUAAGCUGUACAUCAAGCAAGAAUGGGAAAGAAGUCCACCUCAAAAUCUUCAAAAAUUGGUCUCCUCAGUUCCCAAACGUUAACUGAGUGUUGUUAAAAGGAAAGGCCAUGUAACGCAAAGGUAAAAAUGCAAUGUGUUGCUGCCAUUAAAUUCUAAGUUAAUGAUUAUUUGCAGAAAAAAAGUGUAGUUUCUCAGUUCGAACAUUAAAAUAUCUUGUCUUUGCAGUCUAUUCAAUUGAAUAUAAGUUGAAAAGGAUUUGCAAAUCAUUGUAUUCUGUUUUCAUUUACCAUUUACACAACGUGCCAACUUCACUGGUUUUGGGUUUUGUACAUACAUACUGUGUAUAAAAUGACAAAUAAUCUAAAUAUAAUGUUUGUAGACGUAUAAUGUAUGCA